ACGACUCGUUUAUGUAAGUAUAGUCUGUCGAAGGGAGACUAUUUCAGAAGUUGUAUUAGCUUUCAGAAAUUGUAAACACAACCGGUUUCGCUUGAUGCACCCAUUCGCAUCCUACGUGCUGCGAAGUUAUUACCGUGCAACGGGAUGGAACGAAGAUAACCUGUUCUCCAACCUAACACGUUCUUCAGACGCUAUACUGGACUUUAGUGUUCCUCGCGGGCUCAAUCUGUCAAUAUCCAAAGCUCCCAAUGGGCUCUUCAACACCUCGUAUUCCAUGAACGCCAUGCCGUCCCUCAAUGGCUCAGUAGGCUACAUAUUUACAUCCUGUAACCUCGAUGUGAAGAGCUCUGGCGGUGUCCGUUUCAAAGAUAUGGUCGAGCGUUUCAAGGUGUACGACCAGCCUCGAAGGCCAGAAGGAAAGGAGGAGGAAUGGCUCGCUGGAGAACGGGUGGACACUCGUGACUAUUUGCUCUAUGGCCGGUUAUACCUGCCUACGGGUAGACUCGAUGCGCUCUACUCUACGCGCUUGUCACCCACUCUACAGGCAAUGGUCGCAGCUAUAUCAGAUCCACGGUCCAAUUUCUCGUCCGAGAAGCGCUCGCGAGGCGACAAUGUCAGCAAUGUCAUGUUCACCCUACAGCAUGACGUUGGAAAAUGGUGCUCGGAAUAUACAUACGGCGCAGAAGAUGGAAUGUGGGGUGUACGCGUCUUACAUAACUUUGGAAGGCUCGGAAAUCCAGCUGAGCCUCCUGAAGAUUUGAACUCGUCCCCUGGAACAAGACCUAAGCGCGUAGACGAGGAAGAGGCAACAGGUGGUGGUCUGAAGGGCAGAGUGUCUGCCGGUGCCGAGUUCUACAUCAGCGCAAAAGAGAGGAGCGCUGGAGUCUCAACGGGAAUUCGGUUUACAACUCUUCCUGAUGCGACCCCACCAUCUUUCCAGCUCCCCCCACCAUCUUCAUCACCACUCUCCCAAUCCUCUCGUUCUCCCCCAUCUCAACCACCGACGACUAUCACCGCUCUUUUUAAUCCGAUGAUGGGACACAUACAAGCAGCUUAUGCAGCUCGCAUAUCACGCGACCUCUCCAUGUGCUCUCGGUUCGAUUUCAACGUCUACAGCUAUGAUAGUGAGUGGACGAUGGGUGCUGAAUGGUGGAUGCGACGGGCUGCCUCGAAGCAUGAAGAUGAGCCCGAACCGUCACUUAUUCCCCCAGGGCAACCACCAGUUCCCGUUCCACAAUUCGAGUCACACGGCACUCCUUCCGAUAUUCGUGGGGUGGUGAAGGCUAAGAUUUCAACGAAAAACAAUGUCUCACUGAUGUGGGAGGGCCGCCUGAAGCAGAUGCUGGUUAGCUUGGGUUUCGUGUCUGAUCUCUCCAGUAGGUCAAAGCCAAUAAAGGCCAUAGGACUCGAGUUAUCAUAUUUCAGCACUGGUUAAUAUGGAGUGAUUGCGUGUAAGGUAUGGUACAUACACCCGAGAUCAGUACAGGUAUGAGAACGGAGCAGCUAACAGUGAAUCGGAACGCGUAGAAGGGUAUCUAUUAUAUGUGCAGACAGUUAAAUGCAGUUUUCAUUAUCCAAC